CCUAACUGUAGAGCCCAGAUACGAAGAGAAGCGUGCCGUGACGUGAAUGAGAGUUCAAAUAGAAACAAACAAAAAAUCAAUCUCUCUUUCUAUUGUUCGUGAUCCCAACCUGUUCUCAAAUUCAGGAACAAAUAGGAUAAAGUUUAAUGAUCGUUGUUACAUGUAAGAAUUUCUCAUAAAGUUCUUAGCCCGCACAUUUGCAAGUGAUGAACAAUACUCUGUCUUUGAGUCGGGAAGAUGCAUGGAUUCUCCACUGUUGAUGGCUUUGUGGAGAUAAGCGAGUGCUCAGCGGAGAUGAUUAAAUACGUCGCCAAUGAACCAUCUGCUGGUCUUUUCUUCAUCCAACAGCAUACUCAAAAUGCAGUUCCCAAUGUCAUUAAGCUUAAGGACAAGGUUGUUGAGAAGUCUCAUGAAACGCGUUUGCACACAGAAGAUUUGGAGGACUCUGUCACAACGGUGAAAUCAAUGAAAGAGUGUGGAUUCCCAAUAAUUGAUGAGAUGAUCGGAGACAUUAAAAAAACUCUGGCUACUGUGACAUCAAAGCAACCAAAAAAAGUGAUACCAAGUCUGCCACCGUCAAAUUUUCAGACAGAAAGAACUAGUUUUUGGGGUAAUUCCGCAGUGGAUCCUCCAGAGGGAAGUCAAAAAAGGGGCAACUAUUUUUCUAGUGUUUUUAAGUUUUCAAAGCAGAAGGAAAUCAUUCUCAAGGGGCCACAACUUGAUUCUACAGGAUCAAUAGAUCCCAAACCUGAGGAGACAGAGCUGUACCCUAAUGUGUCUUUGUCUGUUACAUAUACAAGCAGUUGUACAUCUUCAGACAAGUUGUCAAUGCCAAGAGAGGUUGAAGGUGAAACUCUGCUGCAACAGAGUGAUAUUGGGAUUAAGUUAUUGGAGGUAACAGAAAAAUAUGAUGACUUCAAAGCUAGUAAACAAGCUAAGCUGGAGGAGUGGCUGGAAGGAACUAAUAACCAUGAUUGUUGCACAAGUGAUGAAAAUAGGCCUUAGCCGGGCAGUUACUUGCUUGGAUAACAUAAAGAUUCAGUAUGUAUAUAAUGCUUUGUAGUGUCUAUUGUCUAUUACUAACAAUUAUAAAAAAAAAAAUAGUUAUGUUGUUAAAUCAAAUGUAUUUAAAACAAUUAUGAUACCAUGUGGGAUUAAUGCACAGGAUCCAUCAUUUCUUACUGUUUAGAAA